AUGGCCACUGCCAGCUGGGUCCAGCCCAGGUUGAAGCCCACAGGUCACGUCACCGAGCAGGCACGGCCUUCCUCUGUAUCACCAGCAAAGCAAAGGAUCGGAUUCAGGCCUUCCUCUGUAUCACCAGCAAAGCUAAGGAUCGGAGGCUUCUCCAUCCAGGGCAGCAAGAUGGGAAUGACUCCUGAAGUAAUGUAUGGACAAAAUGUAUUUGUUCCUGCUACUGCAAAUCCCUACCAAUAUGGUUAUGCAGAAGUUGGAUCACCGAUGGAAUGGUAUAACCACCCGAGCUCUUUAGGAUAUGAUGGCCAAGAUAUUUACUAUCCGGCUGAAGGCAUGCAAUGCGUAUACUACGCAGCCCCAGACAAUGGAUCCAUGCAUCCUACCUACAGUCCUUACCCUUCUGAUCCUUCUUUCGUACCCGAUGGCUCAUUUAUGCCUCAGGAGUAUGUUGCUGACCCUGCUAACUCCACAUGCCAAAUAGCCCCGACAUCCUAUUACAUUCCAGCUGUUCUUCCUUAUGCACAAGAUAGUGUCCCGGGAAGCGCAACCACACCUCUUCACUCCCCCAAUGUUGCAUUUCUUCCUGGCAUACCAGGUUAUGCUGCAACAUCUGCAAAUGCAGCAUUUCCUUUAAUUGCUCCCGUCACCACAAAAAGCGACAUUGUUAUGCAUCCACCCGUACAGUCUACUAUUGUACCUUCAAAGCAGUUCCAGGACCAUGCAAAACCACCAAAGGUUCAACUGCACAAUUUGGUUCCCCAGAAGCAAGAGUUGCCGGAUAGAUGCAUGGUGCCUGCUAAACUCCCUCAUGCUUCUCAGGUAUCAGCACAUUUGUCUGGAAACAAUUGCCUUGGAUGUGCUGCUGGAUCUGAUCUUCAGAAGUGGGCUGCCGCUGAGAAAUUCCAGCCAUCUUCAAAGUCAAGUGGUCAUCUAAAUGGUACUGGCCAAAAAGUGCAUAGCUUAGUUGAUUCUGAGAAACCAAGCAAUCAGAGCUCUGCCAUAGUUGUGAAAUCUUACACAUCAAGGCUCCCUGUCGGUAAUCCGGAUGGGACAAUCAUUAUAAGAACCGACCAGUACAACAGAGAUGAUCUCCGAAUUGACUAUACGUAUGCAAAGUUCUUUGUUAUCAAGUCAAUUGGUGAGGCAGAUGUGCACAAAUCGAUAAAGUAUGGUGUAUGGUCAAGUUCCUUCAAUGGAAACAGCAAGCUAGAUAGUGCAUUCAGGGAUGCUGACAGGAUAUCAAGGAGGCAUUCUACUAAAUGUCCAGUUUUCUUGUUCUUCUCUGUCAAUGGUAGUGGGCACUUCUGUGGCAUGGCUGAGAUGGUUGGACCUGUUGAUUUUCACAAGGACAUGGACUUCUGGUGUCAGGAUAAAUGGACCGGAUGCUUUCCUGUGAGAUGGCACAUCGUUAAAGAUAUACAAAAUUGUUCUUUGCAGCAUAUCACACUGCAGAAUAAUGAAAACAAGCCUGUGACACACAGCAGAGAUACACAGGAAAUACCAUACCUCCCUGGAAUAUCUAUGAUCGAGAUCUUCAAAAACAUCAAAGCGAGGUUCUGCUUGUUUGAUGAUUUUAUGAGAUAUGAGGCAGAAGAGGCGCAAAAGAAAACACACAGAAGGUGCAAGCUGAGUUACAAUGCUCCAGACUUUGUACCUGUCGCACAGCGUACAAAAGAUGCUUCUGACACUCAGCAGACAAAAUCCAGCAGCGUGCUGGUAGACAAAACAUCUGAGAUACAAAAUGUGGCCGAGAAGCCGCAUGAUGCUAAGGUGAUCAAACCUCAGGAACCGUGUGUCUCUGAAAACCAGACCAAUGAGGCUGAGAAAGAGAAUGGAGUACAGGAAAGUCAUUGCAGUGGCAAUCAGAGCCAAGAGGAUGCAGCGAAAGCUGUAACUAACCAUCCACCAGCUUCAAGCUUGAAGGCAGGUGCGGAGGGGAAACAGCAGUACUGGAAGAAGGUCGAAAAUCCAAAGCAGCAUGCAGACAGCGGUGCUGCCCAGGGCUCACUGAAAGCACCUGAAAAGCGGCUAAAUGGAGUUAGUGGCUCUGCAAGCGCAGUUCCAGAGGGUGGCGAGGAGCAGAGGGUCACUGCUAAACUUGGUUCUCUCAAAAUCGGUUCCAAGGCAGUGGAGGCUGACUGUAAGACUAACACAGUUGGUGUGGAGAAGCGGCUAAAUGGAGUCAGUGGCUCUGCGAGUGCUGUUCCAGAGGGUGGCGAGGAGCAGGGGGUCGCUGCCAAACUUGGUUCCCUCAAAAUUGGUUCCAACGCAGUGGAGGCUGACCGUAAGACUAACACAGUUGGUGUGGUGACAAUUGGUUCGAUGCCGGUCCGGGUUGACAGUUGUGACGUCUAG